AUGUGCCGUUCAAAAAGAUACACCGUUGAAACGCUCCGAAAAGCUUUAGAUGAUAUACAACACGGCGUUUUGUCUGUCCACAAAGCAGCAAAGAAAUAUAAAAUACCUAACCAGACGCUGUAUGAUAAAAUAAAUCAAAAACAUAUCAAACAGCAGUUACCAGGAGCACCAACUGUUUUGAAACCAGAUGAAGAGGCUUCCGUUACUAAAUGGAUAGUACAAGUAACUAAUAUGGGUUUCCCUGUAACUAAAAAAAUGAUCACGCAAUCGGUGACAAAAUUGGUAACGGCAUUAGAUCGACCACUAAAAUUUAGAUUAGGAUUGCCUGGACGAUCUUGGUAUGAAGGGUUUAUUAAGAGACAUUCUAUCCUUAAUGGAAAAGUUCUGAAAACUUUAAAUACCACUCGUAUUGACGUUACAGAAGAACAAAUAAGAAUAUGGUUUAAACAGACUUCACAGUAUUUUAUAAAAAAUAAUAUGCAGGCAGUGCUUGAAGACCCAUCUCGAAUUUUUUAUUGUGAUGAGUCAGCAUAUUAUAUUGGUCCAAAAGGACAGGCCGUUCUAACUAGAAAAGAUGGGAAAUACGUAUUUAAUAAAUUUGGCUAUGAUGAAAAAGAAAGUCUGACACUGGCCUUAGGUGCAUCUGCGGAUGGUAAAUUAAUGCCAACGUUAGCUAUUUUUCCUUGUGAGACGAUAUCUGACAUAGAAAAAUACCCAGAUACUUGGUCAUGCGGUAGAAGCAAAAACAGAUGGAUGACAUCUGAAAAUUUUUAUGAAUAUAUUAGUAAUGUAUUUAAUCCAAUUUUGGUUAAUGAGAAUGUAAGAAAACCCGUAGUUAUGUUUCUAGAUGGUCAUGUCUCAUACUUAUCUCUGGAUGUUAUCGAAUUUUGUAAUCGUAAUGGAAUAAUUUUAUUUGCUCUGAUACCAAGUUCUAGUCACGUUACCCAUCCAUUAGAUAUAGCAGUAUUUCACCACUUAAAAGAAGCGUGGCAGAAAGGCGUUGAAACUUGGCGGAGCUUAAAUGAGAGACGUAUGAAAAGAGAAGACUUUGGGCCAGUUCUCGAUCAAUGUAUUAUUGAGACAUUAACACCAGAAAUAAUACAAAAUGGUUUUCGCCAAUCUGGGUUAUAUCCUUUUGAUGAAAAUGCUAUAGAUUACUCCAAAAUAAGUACUUCUACGUAA